AUGGACACGCGCGAAAUCGCUGAGGAUAUUGCCAGCCAUCUCGAUGGCAUUGACAUCCCCAACCUGUUAUGGGGUCAAACAGCCCAUCUUUACCAUCUAGGGCUCCGCUCCUCACCUUGUUCCGAUGAUGGCUCUUCUGGUAAUCACCAAAGAGCCCUCUGUGUGAGCAACGUAAAGCGUACGGCAAAGGUCCUCACGUUAGCACGGCAUAUUGAGUCCUUGAUUCUUCGGUUGUGUCUCAAUCUCGAUACCGACAAUGCCCCAACUUUCUUUAAGGCUAUCGAAGAGAUCGUGGGUCACUAUGGAGAGAAUGCCCAGAAUACAGAUAUUUGGAAACAGUUACUGUGUGAUCUAGAUAAUAAGAACAAUAAGUACGGAGAGUACCUGCAGAAACAGAAGAAUGAAUGGAAGCACGAGCGUCCAAAUCCCCAGACGUGGGAAGACUGCCCAAUUCGAAACCUAAGGAGAUCAGCAGAGCGCCAAAGAUAUACGAAACAGCUUCGCGUGAAACUGGUCUAUGAUGGCAAACUCCCCUCCAAGAGGAACUGA